AGAGAACACAAGAAAAAAGAAGUCAAACCCCGACGUUGAUUUCGGACUACAUUCUAAUUCUAUCUGCUUUCAGCCAGGUUAACAAUUCGGGCGAUACGGCAUGAGUAGCGUCACUGCAACAGCUAAAGAAAAUGCUGACACUGAUGAGACUUCAAAAGAUGUAAAAUUUAAUCAGCAGAAGUUAUUGCGUUUACUUGGAGGUGAAAAGAGCAAAAAUGCAAAAGCUGCAUCGCAGUGGAUAUCAAAGUCCCGAACACAUGAAGAUGGUAAAACUCUAAAUGAUGGUUUGGAAGAACAAUAUAAAAAUUCUCUUAAUCAUAAGUUAACUGGAAAGGCCCGAAGACAUGUUGGUCUUGGAUUUGAAAGCAAUCAGGAAGAAACUUCCAGUAGUAGUGCACAUGCAAGAAGUAGAAGUCGGUCUCCAAUUCGACAAAACAUUAACAAACCUCAAAAACUUGAAACUGACCAAGUUACAACAGAAUCCAAAAGUAACCCCACAGCCACAACAAUUAAUAAAAAUAAAUUUUACAUGCAGUUUAAAAAAUCUGAAAGUGGUCAGUGAUUUACAAAAAUGGUGUGUUUUAUACUUCUUAUUUGCUAAAUAUCUUUUUGUAACCGAAAAAAAUGAUUACCAAAAAAUCGUAUUGGAUGAUG